AUGGAGUUGCUUACCAUAGAGAAGUUCAUACCAUUCUUAGAACCUUUUAGAGGUAAAGAAUUGUUAACACCAUUAGAAUGUUCCAAGUUGUCCUUGAUUAUAGUGGAGGUUCUAGUCGAUCACUAUGUUGAUUUUAAGUUAUUGAAAUUCUUGAGUCGGUUUUUAACCCAGGAAUUGUAUGACGAACUAAUAGAAGAGAGGAAUAUUGAACAUGCAUGUGGAUACAUAAAGUGCAAUCGGUCACCGAAAUCGUUGGUGCGUCGAUUAUCUAUGAAUAGUAACGGGGUAACCCAAGCCAGUUCAGUUAACGAUCCUGGUGCAUCAACUAAAUACCAAAUCUACAAUAGAAAACCAGCCAUGAUAUUACCCAACACAUAUCUUUCCCAAUACUGUUGCAAGGAACAUUACCAGGCGUCGAUUUUUUACAGAAACCAGCUCAGCAAUGAAGCGCUUUUUUCCAGAAAGAAUAUAUUUACAACAUCCCCGUUCUCCUCAGAUAAAUUUAAUUGGUAUGAGAACUCCAUCACAUGCUUAGAAGAAGUGAUUGCUAAACACAAGGAAUUGAAACAAUAUGGUAAAUCGAUUUCCGAAGUGAUUGCAAUGAUGAAUGGAUUGACUGUGAGUGACUUGAAUAAUAAUAGUGAACUAAAUGACGAGACAAACCAAUUGAUAAAACUAAUUGAAGAUUUUGAAAUUGUGGAGAACAAUGAACCGAAUAUGAAUGGAGACCUAGAACAAGUCAAUGAAGAGGGUUAUACUCAAGAUAACGAAGAAAACAUACAUGAUAUAACGAACAAUGUCGAAGGUUAUGUGACAUCUAACAAAAGUUUUGGUGGGUAUGUAGUGUAG